AUGGAAGUACCAACAAAAGAACAAGUGUUUGAGAAGUAUAUGAAAUUACUUGAAAAGAAAGGAUAUCUUAAAGAUGUUUCAGAAGAAGAAAAAGAGGAAAAGGUAAAUAAAGCCAAAAAGUAUUUUGAAGAGCAUUAUAAUAGUUUAGAAAGAUUCCCAGCUGUUAAAAUACCAAAAACAAAUGAAGAAGUUACAGAAGAAAAGAAGAAUGAAGCUGAAUCUCAUAAAGCAAAGGGAAAUGACUUAUUCGCUAAAAAGGAUUAUGCCACUGCUAUUUGUGAAUAUUCAAGGGCAAUUGAAUGUGACCCAUUUAACCAUAUUUAUUAUUCAAACAGAUCAGCUUGUUAUUGUUAUUUAAAUAAUGAUGAAUUAGCUGUUAGAGAUGGGGAGAAAUGUGUUGAACUGUGUCCAACAUUUGCUAAGGGAUAUAGUAGAUUGUCAGCAGCGUUAAUGAAAAUGGGGAAACUUCAAGAAGCAAAAGAAGCCAUUGAUAAAGCCUUGAGUAUUGAACCAGAGAACCAAAACUAUUUAAACAGUAAAAUGGAUAUUUUAGAUGAAUUAAGUAAAGUUGGAGUGAAAGAAGAAGUGAAAGAAAAACCUAAAGAAGAAACAUCUGAAACACAAAACCAACCAAGACAAGAAUCAAAUCAACAACAAGGAGGAUUUGCUAGUUUAUUAAAUAAUUUAAUGAGUAAUCCCGCUAUUCAACAAAUGGCACAAAGUAUGAUGAGUAAUCCUGCAAUGAUGAAUAUGGCACAAAGCAUGAUGAAUAAUCCUGCAAUGAUGAACAUGGCACAAAACAUGAUGUCAGGUCAAGGGUCUAUGAGUGAUUUAUUAAAUAAUCCACAACUAAGACACAUGGCAGAACAAAUGGCAAAUACACAACAACAACAACCAGAAGAAAAUAAACCAAAUCAAAAUGAAGAGAUAUAA